ACAUUAUAAAUACAAGUUACGGCCAGCCGCGCCUGAGUGUGUGAGUGGACGCCAUAGACAGCGCCGAGACCGGGAAAUUUUGACGUUUGCAUUCGGAAAAUCUGCCGCCAUGUUCGUAUUGAAGACACUACUAUUCGCUGCUGUAUGCGCCUGCGCAUCAUCACAACAAGGGCCAACCACGACUCCUGUUCCUAUCUUAAAGCAGAUAAACAGGCAGAAUGAUGAUGGCUCCUACAGCUUUGGUUAUGAAGCAGCAGAUGGGUCCUUCAAGAUUGAAACAAAGUAUCCGAAUGGAGAUGUUGCAGGGAAAUAUGGAUAUGUGGAUGAAUCUGGUAAAACUAGAGAAGUUUCGUAUGGAGCGAGCAGUAAGAGAGGAUUUGAACCAGAAGGCACUGGCAUAAUGGUACCACCACCAACACUGAAUGAUCCGUCCAGCCACAACGCAUUAACCGACGGCCAAGAAGAUGAUGGCCAGUACCGUGAGGAUCCAAAAAUAUACGAAGACCCCAAAUACAACGGCCGAACACAAAACCGUCCAGCUUCCUUCAGACAGUUCCAGAAAGCAGUAGAGCAACCGCAACCACAGACUUACCAACAGCAACAGACUUACCAACAGCCACAGACUUACCAACAGCCACAGACUUACCAACAGCCACAGACUUACCAACAGCCACAGACUUACCAACAACAGCAGACAUACCAACAGCCACAGUACCAGCAACAGAAUUACCAACCUAACUUCCAGUUCCAAUCUUCGCCUCAACGUUCAAACCUCUUCUCCCAGCAAACGAACCUUGAUGUGCAGGCCCCGCAAACGUUUCCACAAAGCCAGGUAUUUCACCAGCAGCCCCAAUUCUCAUACCAGGCAUACACCCCACAGCCUUACCAGAACUACCAAAGCCAGAACUUACAGAACCAGAACUUCAACCCAUUCUCCGGACAUCCAGCUCAGAACUUUGACCCCAGUACUGGGUCAUACUCUAUUAACUUCACUGGUUAAGCUAUUAAUUACUAUGGAGAUUUAAGUCAACACUUCAUUAGUUUAUAGUAUAUACAAUGCUUUACUUAAUGUACAUAUAUGUAAGAAAAUAAAUUCAGACAAUCCCUAACACUUUUUAAUUGUCCUGAGGAAAAGAGACAAAUAACGAAUAUCAUUAAAUUAUGUACAUCGUAUACUGACAAUGCCUUUAAACAUUUAAAGAAUGAAAAAAUUUAUGUAAAUGUAAAAUAAUUCUUUUGUCUGAUUUUAUACAUUACAAGCAUAUAUUGUUCUAUAAUACCUUCUCUCUCGUAGUACCUAUAUACAUGAAAAUAUCUAUUUACUAUAUUUUCAUAUGUUAAGAUGUUUAUAAACUAGUCAAUUUAAGUAAUUGAAAUUGAGUAAGUGCUAUUUUAUUUAAUUCUGUAUUUAAAUAUCAUUCUAAAUCUAUAUGUUUUAUCCAGAUUUCUCAUAUUGUAUACUUAACAUAUAUAGCGUGUUGUUUUGUAUACUCGGUAAAUUUUCGGAUAUAAGUGAAAUUAAAUAUAAAUAAAUUUACCACAUUUAAUUAUAUUUAAUUUCACUUAAUUCUAUAAAGAGUACGCAUGCGUCAGGACUAAAUAAUACAGUAAAAUACUAUUUUUAAUAUAUUAAGUAUAUUUUACGAGGUACGAAUCGCCAUAGGUUUUAUAAUUUUAUACCCUGUACCAUGUUAUGUUUAGGAAAGUUAAUAUUCGAUUGGAAUUCAGUUUGCAUUCGGAAACGUGAAGGAACUACGAAUUUUAAAUAAAAACUUAUGUAAUA